AUGGAGGUUCUUACGCUUAGCGACUGUUUUUUGAAGACGAAGACCGAGGAAAAGGCAACAGUCAAGAUAUCAAGAGAUGGAAUAGCCAUCAAGGCAGGAAACGGAGAGGUUUACACUGUGGAGAAGAGCGAUGUAAAGGAUGCUGAGCUGUUCCAUGGAGUAAGGAAGAUGACCAUACGAAUAUUUGGGGACACUGUUUAUGAAAUCAACAAUGUAGACCAGAACUACAUCGACGAGUUAAAAAGGAUGUUUUCUGAGUACUUCAGGGUCAGUCUGUAUGUAAAGGAGCUUGAAAUAGCCGAUGUGCUCUGUGGGGAGCUUGGGAUCAACGGGCAGAAGGCAUUAGAGUUCAGGAACACAAAGACCAUAUUUGAGGUUCCUGUCGAAGACAUCGAGAGCGUUGUUGACAUAAGGAAUGAGAUUUCUGUAUCUCUGAAGGACGUGGAAAUAAGGUUUGUCUCGAAUAAAAAGGCCAUAGAGGAGAUCAAAGAGGGGUGCAGCUCCUCUGUCGAUGACGAGAUAUUUAAGAUGGAGGGGCUGUCGCUGUCUUACCCAAGAGGAAAGUUCAACCUUAUUUUCUUCCGGGAUUACCUAAGGCUGGUUGGCAGCAGCUACGACCACAAGAUAUAUUACAAAAGUGUCAAGCAGCUCUAUAUGCUCGAAAAGGGAUACAUUCGAGACGAGGAAAGGUAUGCUGUGAUUUAUGUUGACCCGCCGAUCAGGCAGGGGCAAACAAGAUACGACUACAUUGUUGUAUCGUUUGACGAUACUGAGUGCGAGGUGAGUGCUGAUGAUGAGAGACUGAAGAAAGAGUAUUCUGGGCUCUACUCCUCGGUCUUUUCUGAGGUUAUGGAGGCACUGUGUGUGAUUAGGGCCACAAAAAGCACGUUUGAGUCCAGGGACGGGAUGAGAUGCUUGAGAUGUGCAAUAAAGGCAUAUGAGGGACAGCUGUACCCGCUAGAGGACUGCAUGUUAUUUCUUCCGAAGGCCAUUAGGCUGGGGCUGAAUGAAAUCUCGCUUGUGGAGUUCAGCAGAAUCAACCUCAGCAGCAUGCAGGCAAAGACAUUUGACAUGACAUUGUUCUGCGAAGGGUCAUAUACCUUCAAUGGGAUUUCGAAGGAUGAGUUUGGGAUGCUGGAGCAGUAUUUCCAUUCGAAGGGAGUAAAGGCAAGAAGUGAGAUUAUUGACGAUGCGGCAAGCUCUGAUUCUGACGAAGACGACUACGAAUCUGAAAACGAUAGCAUGGUUGUGGACUCUGAUGACUAUGAUUAA